AUGGUUAUAUUCAUUCCAUAUAGUAGACGAUGGGAAGUAUUUCGUGUGGUGUUAUCUACCUCUGACAUCAGGAAGUUCAGUCUUUUGUUCUUGACAAUUGUGCUUACCAAGUUAGGAGGGGUUGGGUUGCCAGGGAAGGGUUACUCUCUUAUCGGUCGUCUGACUUGGUUGGUAAAGGGUUUGGCUGCUAUGUGUAGGUCAUUUAAUGCUGACAUGUCUUGUUUUUUGUCUUUCCCCUCCCCACCUACCGUAGGGACGGACUCCAUGUGGGUGCCCUCCUCCUCCUCUCGUUUGGAACUUUGUCAGACUCAAUAUGAGAGAUCAGGCAAAGCCACACUUGGGAAACUGUAUUCUCUAUGGAAGAAAGUUAAAGUGAUUCUGAAGAAUCCCUAA